AUGCCUCAUCUUCAUACCCUCAUCAUCGAAGAGCGCGCCUGGGAUCGCUAUGAACAUGAACCGAUUGUCAACACGCGUCCUUAUCUUCACGAUUUCUUCUCGCGCCUCGUGUUCACGAGGCUUUCGUUCCUGGAGCUCUCCACUUUUUGUAACGUCAAAUACGGCUCCUCCUCUAUCGUGUCGUGUCGUUCUUCACCAUCCACCUCGACUCCCUGGACACGCUCACGACCCUCAGCCUCCUACUACGCAGGCUUCCUCGCCUCCCUCUCGCGCCAAAGUCACUUCCGAGAGAUGGCUGCUGGGGUCAGUAAGCUCGAACUAACCUUCAUGCUGCCGUCGAGGUUAGCGGACGAAAACACCGUGACAGCGAGGGACCCCGAAACCAGUGCAUAUCUACAGGAAUUCUUCGAUGUCUUCCGUGGUGCGGAUGACAUCACCGCUUCACCCGCCGCAUUGCCCUUCCUCCUCGACUAUCGCCAGAUGAUGAAGACAAGUGUCCCUGGAGUUUAUCGACCGUCUUUUCGGAGAUUGCAGAGUUUGGCCGCUGCGGGGGUCACUCUUCAAUCCUUCCCAAAGGUGAGGGACCGUCUGACAGAACUCGUGUCCCUCCGCCAGACUGUGUUCCCGAACUGCCCUCGCCCCGUGGUACUCUUCCGCGGCCUGAACAGGAUUAGAGAUUCUCAGUAA